GCCAGUGUCAGUCGAGAACAAGUCGCCGCGACGUUCGGACGUGUGUGCAAUCGUGUUAUAUUUUUAAAAAGUUUCUUUGUGCGUUUUUUGUUCGAUCGAGGACAUUUGAUAGUUUGAGGUAAACCAAACAAGAGAGAUGUGCAAGUAACAAUAUGGCAUCACUCAGAGACAAAUUAACUAUAGUGUUAGUUAUAUACAAUAUAUUAAGUGUAUCCCUAAGUGAGAGUGAAGUGAACUACGAUAUAAACGGUGACGUCACAAACGAACAUUACAACAAGACUCAAGAAACAGACAACGAAGCAGAAAAAUAUAUAACAAACGAAGACGCAACCGAAGCCAAUGAAAAGACGAACAACACAAAUAAAGUAGACAUCGAAACGGAAUACGAAAUAGACACGUCAGAAUUAAAUAUAACAGUGGAAACUACAACAGCUGUUAUAGACAUACCAGAGGCUUUAGGUCUUAAGACAUUCGCCAAUGUUGAUUACGAGUACAGUCAGCCGAAUAAAAAUGUUGACGAUAAAAUAGAUGGUUUAACAGAUGCUGACGGUACUGAAGUGACAGAGGCAAGUUCUUUAUCUACAAUAUACAAUAAUGUUUAUAAAUUCAAAGACAUUGUCCCCGAGGACAUGUUUUCGAGUCACAGCGGACGAGAAGACGAUGUGACAGAAACUACAGUGAGUGCGACAACAAAAGCUACAGACGAGACAAUCAGUAAUGAGAACCAGCUCAGCAGCACUGGACAGAGAAUACCAAAGACUGACAAUUCCGAAGCCAAACAGCCAAUCGAAAAACGUAACGACGCUAAACCCCGAUCCACGGUUCACACCAGCAAGAGUUCAACAUUAAGAUCCUGGUUAGAAGACACAUGGCUACGACCGCCCGCUGGUGUCCUAGUACCUUUAAGACCUAGGGCAUUACAACGAGCACUGGAUGUCUGGAAGGAUCUUACAGCUGAUGGGUCAUUGAAAAUGACAGAUAUUGUUAUAGUCGGAUUCGAUUCAAAAGGUAUCAGCUGGAGAUCCCGCCACAAUCUGCAGGCAAGCGGGACAACAGACGACAAAACAGUCGGCGAUGCCAUCUCCAAACUCAUCGUUAAAUAUCAGGGCGUACGAUCUGAGUCAGCCAGUGAUGGUACAUUACGCGCGCUGGCAUCCGCAGCCAAACUGGUACCAUAUGACAGUGCACUCUUCCUCAUCACCGACAAAGAAGUGGGGGAUCCAUUGAAACUUCCUUUAGCAUUGAGAGCACUGGUGGAGAAGAGACUGAAGGUGUACACAAUUUGGACCGACCCAAAUUACCCUUCCAUUGAAUCUGAGUUAAGUCUUGUUGAACUGAGAAAUGUCUCCACACACACAGAAGGAGAUGUCUUACCUUAUUCUUUACAAGCUAAGGAGUUGGAGAAUGGCAUACCACCAGUAGCUGAUCUGCAGCAGUGGGAGCCUCUAGCCGAGGCACAGUUGGGACCGAGACGAGCAAGGUUACGUCAAAUCGAAGAGGACAGUUUUGAUACGCUGUUAAUAUGGAGGGGAGGAGGUGAGGCUAUAUCUCUUGGCAUACCUGUGGAAGCAGGAGUUGCCGCACUUAGAAUCCUGAUAGAAGGGGACGUGGAUCAUGCAGCACUCUUUCCACCUAAUGAGGCACCACAAGUGGACCUGUUCAAUGAGACAUCAGUGAAGCAGUUCUCAUCAUCAUCCAGGACUGAUGGAUUAGUACCAAGGGAUGUCUACCUGGCAUUCCCUGGUGCACCACAAAUAGAUGUAUUGUCAGUCGUGCCCGUGACGCCAACCAUGGCGGACGUAUCUAACGAUUUGGUCGGCGUGUGGCAUCUGAGCGUGCGCUGCGACAGCUGCGAUUACAGACUGAGCGUCUUCGCAAGAACCAGAGUACAUUUCAGAGCUGAGGUUGACGAAGAUUCGCUGAACCUCCGGGUCAUAGGUCCAGUAGCGAGCGUCCGAGAGUCAUCAUUAGUUGACGAAUAUGGUACCGAAUUGGCUAAAUUACCUUUCAGCUACCCUGCGUCAUCUAAUACCAAUCCGGCUCACAUAAACCUCGUGACUGAAAUUGAAGAAGCGGUUCCAUUACCUAAACUAAAAGUAUCAAGAGUGUACGCGAAAAUAUUAGGAAGAAAUAUACAAGGGGAUCCUUUCAUAAGAUUCUCAGGACCUAUCGACCAUGAGAUAGAAGUAAGGAACGGCAGAUCUGCUGUCAUAUUCCCAAACUCCAACAAUGACUUAGAGGGGGUAGAAGAAGAAAAUAUACACAUGCAUAAAAUGCGCUUGAAUGAGACAAACGCAUUACCGUAUGGUCGGACAUCUCGGGUAGUCCAACAAGGUACUCUUGUGACAGCACUCAUUAUAGGACUGGGAUCAAGACUUUACGGAUCACCGGGUGAUAGUUUACAGUUGCAUUUCGAAGUAAGUAACUAUCGAGAACAAGCCGUGAGAUUCAGCUUUGGUGCGACUGGAGAAUUAAGAUUCUUGAGAAGCAUAGAACCUUCAUCACAAACAAUACAAUCAGGUCAGACCCUCAAUGUGAUAGUUAACCUAUUAAUCUCGACCGCAGCGCAGCCAGGAGUCAGAGAUUUCAUCACAUUCACAGCAUAUGGCUUGGAUCAAAUAUCAAUAUCUGCAUACGUCUACGUCGUUAAUCCAAACGAGAGUCAAGUGGAUACAUUCGCGCCUGAAGUGAGACAUAGCUAUCAAGGUCAUUGCAUUGGAAGAAUGGGCAACGAUUGCGCCGAACAUACUUGGUCUGCUACAGUCUACGCGAGGGAUAGUGGAGGCCUACUCCGUAUCACAUCAACACCAUUAGGUCUAAUGGCUGCACAAGAUAAAACAUUCAUAUCUGGCACUAGAGAGGAAGUUGUCACCGUGUACAGAUCAACAUGUUGCAGCACAAGAGUUGUUGUCAACGCUGUGGAUAUCUACGGCAACACAAACAGCUAUACAAUGGAUAUAUCCAAUUACAUCACAGACGCUGGAAUAGCAGCCAUUGUUCUCGGUGUUCUUCUAAUCAUAGCUCUGAUAGCUAUUAUAAUAUUCCUCAUAACAUGGUGCGUAAGGAAACGCAAAUCUUCAAGGGAACUACCAUCAUAUGCCAGUAGAAAUGUUAGCUAAGUUCGAGUAAUUCGUAUUUAACAUAUUUUCAAAUCAUCGCAUAAUAAAAUUAAUAAAGAAAAGACAUUAAGAAGUUUAAGUACGGUCAGCUGCAUAUACACUAGUUGAGGCCAGCGACUCCGUCUGUACGGAAUUAAAAAAAAAGUUAAUAGCAAAUGUGUUCUUCCAGACUAUUUUCUACAUCUGUGCCAUUUUAUCAUCAGUUGAGACAUUCGGGAGAUACAUUGUUACAAAUAUCCAUCCGUCCAUCUAUCCAAACUUUCGCAUUUAUAAUAUUUGUGAGAUUUUUCAACGUUUAGUAAUUUGUAUACAAAAAUGUAUACAAUUAUCCAUAAAUAUGUAUUAAAAACAUACAGAUGAGUACAAAUUUUGAAACUGCAGUUGUAUACAAGCUUCUUAUUUCAAAUAAUAUUAUAAAGAUGACAAAUUUGUAUUUUAUACAUAAAGAAUAAACUCAAAAUCAAUUUUAAUGCUAAAUUUCUUCUUUCAACUAAAAAGAGACAUCACAACUUAGUAACAUAGGCUUUAUUAAUAGAAUUUAUUUUUAAUUUCGCACAGACAAAGUCGCAGGCACAAGUAUAUAAACACAUUCAUAAAGCUGACAUAUACACAUAAAAAAUAUGACUAAACAAUUAAAUUAGUUACUAUAUAUCGAUGUUAUUCAAAUUAAAAUUUCUACUG